CUGCGGGUCCCCUCUCUGGGCCUCCGUGUCUUCACAUGUAAAGCAGCCUGGGCCUGGGCGUCUUCUGCGUCACUUGGACAACUUUGCCGGCCCAGCACAGAGUGAUGAAAAGCGCCAGCUCGGACAGGAUGUGCGGGGUGAGAUGCCCAGGACAAUGGCACAGCUCAGAAAGCCUUUGUUGGGUCGACUGGGCGGAUCCCGCAUGUUUCGGGUUCCUCCGAGAUGUCAGAGCAGGGUGCCUCGGGGCGUGACUACUCGGGAGUGGUGGGUUCGGGUCCUGGCAGCGUCCGGGGGCCGCGGCCAGGGCCUUGGUCUCCCGGUCCGUGGAGCAGGAACUGGUGCUCCUACGUGGUGACCCGUACUGUCUCCUGCCAUGUGCAGAAUGGCACCUACCUCCAGCGAGUGCUGCAGAACUGCCCGUGGCCCAUGGGCUGCCCUGGGAGCAGCUACAGAACUGUGGUGAGGCCCACGUACAAAGUGAUGUACAAGACAGUGACUGCCCGUGAAUGGAGGUGCUGCCCUGGACACUCAGGGGUGACCUGUGAGGAAGGCUCCCCUGGCGUCCUGGAGCCUACAUGGUCAGGAAGCACCAUGCGGCGGAUGGCAGUGCGGCCCACAGCAUUCUCAGGUUGUCUCAACUGCAGCAGAGUGUCUGAGCUGACCGAGAGGCUGAAGGCGCUGGAGGCCAAGGUGGCUGUUCUGAGUGUCACAGAGCAGACAGUGUCCUCGAUCCCAGCUCCCCCUGAGGACUCUGCCCUGCUUUGGGGAUCCCCAGCUACCCAGGGCAGCCCUGGAGGUGGAGACCUGCAGGACAGAGUUGAUCCUUGGGAGCUGCCUGGGCCCACGGGCCCCAAGGGGGACACUGGCAGCCAGGGCUCAGUGAGGAUGAGAGGCCCACCAGGUCCACAGGGACCCCCAGGACGCCCUGGCCAGACCGGGGCUUCAGGCAUCCCUGGAGAGAUGGGCCCUCCAGGCCCUCCAGGCCCUCCUGGGCCCCCAGGACCUCCAGCCCCUGCUGGGCCACCCCAUGCCCACAUCUCCCUACAUGGAGAUCCAUUACUGUCUAAUACCUUCACCGAGACUGGCAGCCACUGGCCCCAAGGACCCACUGGGCCCCCAGGCCCUCCGGGCCCCCCAGGGCCCAUGGGUCCUCCUGGACUUCCUGGCCCUGCGGGUGCCCCUGGGAGUCCUGGACACAUGGGAACCCCAGGCCCUUCUGGACCCAAAGGAAGCUCUGGCCCCCCGGGGGAGAAGGGUGAGAGGGGACUGCCUGGGGAACCUGGCCCCCAAGGGCUAAUGGGGUUGCAGGGAGAACCUGGCCCCAAAGGAGACCCUGGAGAGAAGAUCCACUGGGCUCCUAGCUUACAGAGCUUCCUGCAGCAGCAGGCCCAGCUGGAGCUCCUGGCCAGACGGGUCACCCUGCUGGAAGCCAUCAUCUGGCCAGGUAAUGGCAGGGUGGGCAGGCAGGGGCAAACCCUCCCAGGAAGGGCCUGGGGCAGGCUUGGGCAUGAAGAAGAUGCCUCCCAGUGCUGGGUCUGGGCCAGAAGACACUGGAUCCUUCCAUUGAUCAAGGAAGUAGAGCCUGGCACAGGGAACUAGCUUUCCUGUUCCGGCAGUCACCUAUCGGCACAGGCUCCAGCACGGCCAAUAGAUGUAGCCCUGCCCUUGUGCAUCUUACGGUUGGGGUAGGGGCUGGCACUGGCAGCAAAAGCCAAGAAGAGAUGAGUGACAGAGUAGAUAUGCCUCUGGCCUGCUGGGGACAUGGCUCCAUGGUAGAGCACUUACCUCGCAUGUACAAGUCCUUGGGUUCAGUUGUCACCCUGAGGGAGGGAGACAGUUCGUGAGCGGGACAGUCUAGGAGGGCUUCCUGGAGGUGAUGUCUCAGUGAAGACCAGAAGGGCAAGGAUCGUAGGUGAUUGAACAAGCAGAGGAAGAUCAGAGGUUAAGACAUCUACAGGGUUUCCUCAAGGUGGAGACUAACACUGAGCAGAACUGGACUGGGAAGGUUCUAGAAGGCUGGUUCAGGCAGCAUGAAAGGCAGUUAGGCUUCUGGCUGGGGGUGGGGGCAGUCCCUUCCCCUGCACCUGACUCCUGAGGUGAAGCUAAUGAGGCCAUACCUGGUGUGGGGAGAUGGGGCUGGCCGGGCACAGGUGUGGGUUGCUUCUCAUUUGCCCACUGAGAGUCCCUCCCCCCAACUGGCUGUCCUUUGCCCCUUCCAGCCUCUGCCCUGUCUCACAGCCCACAUGCACAUCCAUGCCCAGAGGCCUCCAUAUUGUGUCCAACCUCCCCUCUUAUAAAGCUAAGAACUGAGAGCCUAAGUGCGGAGGAGGUUCAGGGUUAAAACCAGUCCUUGGUUCUACAAAACCAGGAAGCAGCUGCUCAACGCUAGGCUUAGAUGGCACUGGGCCCUGCAAAGUAGCGGGGCUCUGGGGAGCUGUCCGUCAGGCACUGUAGAGACUCAAAGGGAGUACCCAGGGAUUGGGCCCUUCCGGCUGCACUUCUUGGAAGAGGGGGAUCAGAGAAGACACAUGGUUGUGCCUGGAUGUGAGAGGGACAACCUUGACAGGAAAUCUACUGUGAGAUAAGAUCUAGAGGUUAGCGUGUGUGUUGUCCAAGCCAAGAGUGGUGGCUCCAUGCCUAAGAUCCCAGCACUGGAAGGCUGAGACCGGAGGAUAGCAAAUUUGAGGUCAGCCUGGGCUGCUGAGCAAAAGUUUGUCAACAAAACAAAAAAAACACAGUGCCCACAGUCUGUUUCUAAUUCCCCACCAUUAGCCAUGUGGCUUCUCUAAACUCUAGAAACAUCGGGGACUAUGUUUCAGCAGACCUCACCAGCCUUGUCCUUGCCUGAGGAGGGGAGACCGAAGUCUUGAUGGAGACAUACGAGCCCCUACCCUGAAGCCUCUUGGCACCUGUUCUCCAUCCCCGUUGCUUCCAAAUGACCUGAGGGACCACUGGGAACAAAGAGCCAAACUCCAGAGUCUCAGCACUUUGUCAGCCCACCCCCACCCCCC